GUCACUAAAUAUACAAAUGAAAAUAAAUGCAGAAUAUCUCUUCAAAAUCGAUUUGAACAUUUUAAUAUGAAAAGAAAUUCCGGUUGCAUUGUUUUCAUCUGAAAUCAUAGCGCACUUACAAAAGAAGUUGGGCAGAUCUUUAUGAGGCCUGCACAAGAAAAUAAACUAUAGGAGGGUUGUAUAUACAAAUGCAAUUAAAUAAGAAAAACAGAUCUGUUCUCUGCCGGAGGAUAAAACCAAAAGUUAUGACUACUGGAAAAUGAAACUAAAUUCCACCUGUACCGCCUGUCGAAAACUUCUUGAUACCAAAUCCCUCAUCACCAUGAUUCGGAGAUGUAUUUCUCACCCCUUGGAGUUACACAAAGUCUGAGCUUUCUGGAUGGAGAAUGUGUUCCGGCUACGGAAUAAUUACUCUGCUGUUGCGACGUGUACACAGAAGGAUGUAGAGGAGCAGCUUUCAGACAUAAGCUGCCGCUCCUCAAUAUGCGGCCGAAGCAGAUGCUUCGUCUGUGGUUCUCCAUGCUCAUCCUGACUCUUCUACUGCUAUUCUGGUUUGGAGUGCUGAUAACACGGGACAGUCCUUCACCUGCUACACAAAACUCAUCACUCAGGGGCUACAGCAAGAUUAGCCCGCACAGAAAGAUUGAGUUUCUGGACGUUCACUGUAGCCACUGUGCUGUGGUCUCCAGCUCCGGUCAGAUGCUUGGCGUUGGUGCUGGAGAUGAAAUUGACAGAACAGGAUGUGUGAUCCGCAUGAACAAUGCCCCCACUAGAGGGUACGAGAAAGACGUUGGGAACCGCACCACCAUUCGGGUUGUGUCUCAUACCAGUGUUCCUCUGCUGGUAGGAAACGAGAAGUAUUAUUUCAAGCAGUCCGCCAGUACGACCUAUGUGUUUUGGGGCCCCAAAAGGAACAUGAGGCAAGACGGAAAAGGAAUUAUUUUCAAUGUCCUCCUGAAGCUGGCCAUUAAGUAUCGAAAAUUGAACAUGUAUGUCCUGACCCAAGACAAGAUUGAGUACUGUGACAGCGUGUUUCAGAAUGAAACUGGAAAAAACAGAAUGAAAACUGGAGCGUUUCUCAGCACUGGAUUUUUCACGAUGAUCCUUGCUAUGGAUAUGUGUGACAGGAUCAGUGUCUAUGGAAUGAUUGAUGAUAAUUACUGUAGCCGAGCCAAUCACAGCGACGUUCCUUACCAUUACUAUGAGCAAAAGAGUAUCAGUGAGUGCAGGAUGUAUACAUACCACGAGUUCACACAGCGUGGAGGACACCGCUUCAUCACUGAGAAGUCCAUCUAUGCCAAAUGGGCAACACAGCACAACAUACAGUUCAAACAUCCUGCAUGGCAACUCUAAGGAAUGGCGCCCUCAGAGUUGCUGAGAUAUAUAAAUA